CAUCCCAUAGCCAGCCCUCCCUCCCUCCCCUCCUUCCUUCUAACUAUGGUUGACUACAGUGUCACGUUAUUGUUGAUCUCUUGGAUUGACAAUUUGUUUUUUUUUUUUUUUUUAAUUUUAAUUUUUUUGCAGUUUUGAAGGUUUAGUGCAAUUGGAUUGCAUUGCGUAUGUUCUGCAUUCUAGGUCCUCUUUUGUCUGCGCCGUAGGUGCAAUCGAGAGUUGAGUGGGAACAGAGACCGAGAGAGAAUGUGUGUAUGUGUGUGUGUGUGUGUGUGUUUGUAAGAGAGAGAGAGAGAGAGAGAGAGAGAGAGAGAGCGAGAGAGAGAGAGAGGGAGGGAGGGUAAGUGAUCGUCGCAAGUUGGGUUGGAGAAUUUUUCAUGAUUUCGGAGAAUCUUGUAAUGUCGGGAGACUUUGUAUUGUUAGUGAAAACGAGGCUGUCAGACAAGGGCAGGUUGCUGAGAAUUGCGUUUGGUGAGGAGGUCUGAUUGAAGCAAGAAGGAGCGGGAUGUCCGAAGGACAAGAAGGAAUAGGGUUUUAGUUCGCUUAGUGAAGGCAGUUUGGAUUUAGCGAUGGCACAUUUGUUGGCAGAUCACUCGACGGGGGGGUUACAAUGCCUCUGCAAGAGAGCCACCUUCGUUCUGUGCACUGCGAAUAUUUUGGUGGGGCUCUUCAUGUUGCAAGCUGCUCUGAUUCCCAUCCACCAUGAUUCGUCUUCGUCCUCCGUCGCUCCCCGUGCCGACGACGUUUCUCCCAAAGGAAUCGAAGUGAUGCAAACGCGUCCUACGGCGGAAGAGUUGGAGCGGAUUGAGACUUCCAAUCGAUUGCGGCGCGAAUUGCUUCCGGUUCAACUGAUAGAACGGGUGAAAGAGAUUCAAAAAGAGACAGUGUCGGACAUUAACAGGUCCAGGUUAAAAAAUUUGGCAAGGCAGAAGGUAGCACUGGAGCUUGCUCAACGGCUGCGUGAUCUUAAGCGCAAUAACCAUCAAUACAUCCUACUAGGAGCACUUCAGGGAUGGAAUACGACAAAUCUGGAGAAGACAAACAGUGUGACUGAAGCUACCGGGGGUUCGAAUCAUAAACUGAGAAUACCAACUUCUGAUUACUCGAACAUUGAGGAUAACACUAAUUUUGUGCUGUAUUAUGCAGCUCUUAACAUGAGUUUAGUGGCUUUUGAGCUCAUUAAUCUGACUAAUCAUAAAAUGCUGGGCGUGGCAGGCGGUGAGGAGAAGGCAGUGGACCCUAAGGUUGCUAUUCUUAACGAAUGACCAUCAAACGAGCUGAAAUUUAGUAGCGGGCAGCCCACUGGGGAAGUUGACGUGUAUAAAAUAGUUUGAUUCGCUGAUUUCAUCUCAAAGUUUUUUACGCGUCCACCACCAUCACUAACCCUGAUGAAUUCCAACAUUCUAAGUCAUAGAUAUGUCAUAGUCUUCAAAGUAAAACCAGUUUGCUACCUUAAACGAUUAUUUCAUUUCACUGAAGCUAGACUAGAGGUGAAUCGGUCUCUGAGGACCAUGGUGCAGCCUACCAAUUUUGACGGCAUAACCAUGUUUCAUUGAAUGAAGUCUUUCCUUACCUAUGAUUAUUGGAAAAUCAUCACCAAAUUAUUAUUUUUGUAAUAAAAUCAGUGACCUUCUGUGGCACAGCUGAUGAAUCUAGCUAUCAAUCCGACAGCUUUAUUCUGGA